CCUCCUACGUAUAUGUCAACAAAUACAUUAGAAUUCCAAUUUUUUGGUUGCAGAUUAUUUGUUAUAUAUCAUCUUUAUUUUGUCAAUACCAUAUCGACUCCUCCAUUUAAUUUUCAAACCGCCAUACAGUGCAUUCCUAUUUCCUCCGCCUUAUCUUAUAUAUUCUACGUUGUUUCUUGGAUGUCUUUCUAUUCCCUCACAUAAUGUUUGUGAUCCGAUCCCUAGCUACCACCUAGCCAGGUUUCACACAAACAACAACGUAGUAUUUCGGCGAAACUAAGGUUGCCGGCGCGGACGGAAAAAAUGGCUGGCGGAGGUGGUGGUCGUUCCCUUGAAGAAACGCCCACUUGGGCGGUCGCCGCCGUCUGCUUUGUGCUCGUCGCUAUAUCCAUAGUCAUAGAAUACGUCAUUCAUUUGAUCGGAAAGUUGCUGCAAAAGAGAAACAAAAAGGCUUUGUAUGAAGCCCUGGAAAAGAUUAAAGCCGAGCUUAUGUUACUAGGGUUUAUAUCGCUGCUAUUAACAGUAGGGCAAUCGACAAUAUUAAAAAUAUGCAUAUCAAAGUCCUUAGGAAACUCAUGGCACCCUUGUGAUAGACAUGAAGAGGAGGACAAGUACGGGGGAGACACCGGCGACGGUGACGGUGACGAAGGAAGAAGAAGAAGGCUGCUUCUGGCGUUCGCCGACGACGAGUAUUCAGGCGAGAGUCAUCGGCGUAUUUUGGCCGGCGGCGGAACUGACAAAUGCGCCAAAGAGGGAAUGGUUCCAUUUAUAUCGGCAGACGGCAUACAUCAACUGCACAUAUUCAUAUUCGUUUUGGCUCUUUUCCAUGUCUUAUAUUGUAUAAUCACUUUGGCAUUCGGCAGACUAAAGAUGAGAAAAUGGAAGGCAUGGGAAUCAGAAACAAAGACCUUGGAAUAUCAGUUCACACAUGAUCCAGAAAGAUUUAGGUUUGCAAGAGACACCUCAUUUGGUAGAAGACACCUUAGUUUUUGGAGUCGUUCUCCCUUUCUUCUUUGGAUUGUGUGUUUCUUUAGACAGUUUGUGAGGUCAGUUCCUAAGGUGGAUUAUAUGACACUACGCCAUGGAUUUAUCAUUGCACAUUUAGCUCCACAGAGUCAAAUGAAUUUCGAUUUCCAGCAGUACAUUAAGAGAUCACUGGAAGAAGAUUUCAAAGUUGUGGUAGGAAUCAGUCCACCAAUAUGGCUAUUUGCAGUAAUCUUCCUGCUUUUCAACACUCAUGGCACGCGUUCCUAUCUAUGGUUGCCCUUCAUCCCACUCGUCAUCAUCUUGCUGGUGGGGACAAAGCUUCAGGUGAUAAUAACCAAGAUGGGGUUGAGGAUCCAAGAAAGAGGAGAGGUGGUGAAGGGAACUCCGGUGGUUCAACCGGCCGAUGACCUCUUCUGGUUCAACCGCCCUCGCCUUAUGCUCUACCUCAUUCACUUUGUCCUUUUUCAGAAUGCAUUCCAGCUUGCCUUCUUUGCAUGGGCUUGGUAUGAAUUUGGGUUGAAAUCUUGCUUUCAUGAGAAAACAGAAGAUUUGGUUAUCAGAAUCUCAAUGGGACUGCUCAUUCAAGUUCUCUGCAGUUAUGUCACUCUCCCCCUAUACGCUUUAGUGACACAGAUGGGCUCGAACAUGAAGCCAACCAUCUUCAACGAGAGAGUGGCGAAGGCGCUGAAGAGCUGGCACCAGACUGCAAGAAAGCAGCUAAGGCAGAAGCGGCAUUCGGGUUCAGUGACGCCAUUGUCGAGCAGACCAGGAACUCCAUUGCACGGCACGUCUCCCAUCCACCUUCUGCAAUACUACAAGAGCGAGAUCGAUAGCGUUGGGGCUUCACCAGCCAGGGACAUUGAAGAUAACCUGCCAUGGUUUAAUCAACGCAGAGAUAAUAAUGUUGAUCAGCCUGCAGAAGAGAACAGAAAUGAACUGCAGCGUGAGAUUGAAAUGGAAUCUGCAGAGUUUUCAUUUGAGAACAAGAGGGAGAUCAGAUGAUGAUAGCUAGAAAUCAUUAAUUAUUAUUAGAUGUUCCUGAAAUCAAUUGUGUACAAAAUUUGAAAUUCCUACUUCGACUACAACCAAUAUAAUAAAUC